AUGCCUAAAGUUAAUAUAGAUUGCUCUGAAAUAAAAAAGAAUCAACUGAAUUCCUCAAAUGUAAUUUCCACCCCCUUCGGGCUUGCCAUAAUAGAGAUCCAAGGCGAGCUAAACAUACCCGAAAUUGCAUCUAGUGAAGAGAACCCUGACAACUUGAAGGUUGAUGAUCUAUACACCGCAGUUAAAUUUGGUAAGCUUAUAGUAGAUCCAGUAGAUGAUAGCAAAGUUACAUUAUUCGUAGGGACGUCCCAAAGAAUGUUAGGGAAAAUAGUAAAGAUUGACCCUCCGCUUGGAGUGCUUAAGAUAAAUGCCAAUGAUAAAAAUGAAAUGAAGAUGAUCGAUGUGAUCAAGAAGAAGAUCAUUUUCAAAGACAGACCUUUACCAAUAAUGUAG